AUUUUUUUUUUUUUAAUUUUCCAGGUGUAAGACUUAAUCUGGAGGACUUGUCUUAGGUCUUGCAUUGUUUUUUCAUCUCUUCCUAGCAGUGUACUUGAGAUCAGCUGACCAACUGGAAAGUGAUGAGGAUGCAGAAAUUGCCACUCAAUACUUAGUGCCUUUGCUGUAUAUUGUCUUCAACACAGCUGGUGAAAAUGGCUGAAAAUGGAGAUGGUGAAAACAUGUCUAUUUUGGAAAGCAAAAUCUGUCAGCAGAUUGAGUACUAUUUUGGCAAUCACAAUCUACCAAGAGACAAGUUCUUAAAGGAACAGAUCAAACUAGACGAUGGCUGGGUGCCUUUAGAAGUAAUGAUCAAAUUCAACAGGUUAAGUCGUCUUUCAACAGAUUUUAGUGUUAUUGUAGAAGCACUAAGAAAAUCCAAGACUGGUCUAAUGGAAAUAAAUGAAGAUAAAACUAAAAUCAGAAGAUCUCCAAACAAACCCCUUCCUGAAUUAAAUGAUCAAUAUAAAGCUGCAGUUAAAAACAGAUCUGUAUAUAUUAAAGGCUUUCCACUAGAUGCAACUCUAGAUGAUAUCAAGGAAUGGCUUGAAGAUAAAGGGCCAGUUGAAAACAUUCAAAUGAGGAGAACGUUGCAGAGAACAUUUAAGGGCUCAAUAUUUGCGGUUUUUGAUAGUGUUGAAUCUGCUAAGAAGUUCACAGAGAUCCCAAACCAAAAGUACAAAGACACGGAGCUGAUAGUACUUUUCAAGGAGGAGUAUUGUACAAAGAAGAACGAAGAAAGGAAACAAAACAAAGUAGAAGCUAAAGCAAGAGCUAAACAGGAGAAAGAAGAAAAAGAGAAACAAGCAGCAGAUGCUGAAAUGAAGUCUCUGGAAGAAAAGACAGGAUGUCUUUUGAAGUUUUCUGGUAAUUUGGAUGACCAAACAUGCAGAGAAGAUCUCCAUGAUGUAUUUUCUGAUCACGGAGAAAUCAGAUGGAUACACUUUGUCAGAGGUGCAAAGGAGGGAAUUAUCCUAUUUAAGGAUAUUGCUAAAGAAGCUCUGGAAAAAGCCAAAGCAGCACAUAAUGGAAGCUUACAGCUUCGGAACAAGGAUGUUACAUGGGAAGUGCUAGAAGGAGACGCAGAGAAAGAAGCUCUGAAAAAAAUCCUGGAAGAUCAGCAAGAAUUACUGAAACAGAAAUCAAAAGGUCGCAAAAUUAAAGGAAAAGGAAGAGGGGGAAAGAAUCCUCAAGGUGCACAGAAAGGGAAAGUACAGUUUCAGGGCAAGAAAAUAAAGUUUGAGAAUGAAGAAGAAGGUGGUGAAGACGAUACUAAAACAGAAGCAGCAAGUCCUAAGAAGAGACCACUAGAGGAAACAGAAAAAGAAGAACCCGCUUCAAAACAAGCGAAAACAGAAAACGGAGACGGGGAUCAGUAA